CAUUAUGCAUUAUUUGAAUUCAAAUUCGCCAAUAGGCUUGCAAGCCAGACCCAUGUCAAGUUCAUAUUAUUUGAAUUCAAAUGCGCCAAUAGGCUGGCAAGCCAGACCCACGUCAAGAUGUUGAAAUUAAAUUUACUGCCGCUAGGGGCGACUAACGUGUAUAAAUACGUUGCGAUCUCGGCGGGAGUUUGAGUUGUUCAAAAUGCACAGGCGACUCUCUGAAAUCCGCAGACAGGUGAACGCAAACUUCGAUCGAGCCAUGGAUCGCAGUACCGAGGAGGCCACAGACGGACUUGUGGAUAGGUUUGCACUGUUUCGAAGGGAGGAAGGAGCAGGACCCGCACAAAGCAGCAGGAGGAGAAGACCACGGAGGACACAACUUUUGAUAAAGGUCUCCGUCCUUAAGCAGGACAUUGCGGUGUACCGCUGUACACAAGAAAUCUUAGUCACCUGCACAGUGGUACUGCAGGACACAAUGUCCCGCGAGGAGUUCCUGCACGCCCUCAGGGAUAAAGUGCCGUACAUGCCAGAGGCCUUCGACCUCUGCAGGCUCAUUGGCCGUAGAUUCAUCGUUCUGGUCGAUGUCUGCCCGAGAGACCUUCGGGGACGUGGCAUGAUGGGCCGGUCCAAUCUGUACAUCCGACCAAAGGUACCUCUGCCACCUGCUGGCCAACCCCAACCUGCCGGCCCAGAAACCCUGCACACCCUGCCCGGCCCUUCUCUACCUCCCAGCCGUUCUCCACCUCCCAGCCCAUUGCAGAAAGGACAGUACAGGCUGGUGGGGCAGAUGAUUGCCGUCUGCCUGGUGCAGGGGCAGGUCUCUCCCAGAUUUUUAUCUGAGCGCCUCUACAGACAGGUGUGUAAUCUGUCCCCUCUUCCUGCCACUUUGGAAGAGGUGACAGAUUACAAUUUGAGGACCAAGCUCCGAAAGGCAAUGUACUGA